AUGGACGUUAAGAUUAUUAUUCAAGAAUGGGAGUAUGCAAAAGUAGAAUCGUUUGUGAUUAAACGAACAAAUUCGACUGAAGAAAAUUCAUCAACAAACGACGACGACGUAGAUGAAGUAGAGUCGGUUGAUACGAUUUUAAGUGAUGAUAAUACCAUGGACAUGGAAUUUGACUCGGAAGAAUCUCGAUUGAAUUAUCUAAGCUUGAAAUGCUCUUAUUUGAGAAGGUGUAAUAAUGUUACAUUAGGACCUGCUUUAAUCGCCCAAACGGGUGUGCUUUAA